AUGGGUGGUAGUGCGGUAGCUAAUGACUGGUUGUUUACUCCAACUUUUAACAUGGGGAAAACUCUGGUUUUAGUUGGACGUACGGGCAAUGGCAAAAGUGCUACUGGCAAUACCAUUCUUGGAACAAAGUCCUUCAAAUCAAGGACUAGCUCCUCUGGGGUAACUAGUGAUUUCGAGCUUCAAUUGACACUGCUGAAAGAUGGUCAAAUUUUGAAUGACAUUGAUACUCCCGGAUUGUUUGAUUCUUCAGUUGGAUAUGAAAUCAACGGAAAAGAAAUUGGAAAAUGUAUAUUUCUGGCCAAUGAUGGCAUCCAUGUAAAUCUUGUGGUUUUUUCCUGUCGGGACUCGCUUUCCGAAGUAGUUGCAUUGCAUAAGUUGUUGCCUUUGUUUGGAAGCAAAAUUGUUAACUACAUAAUUAUAGUCUUUACAAGUUAGAAUGCUCUAUAAGACAAUGAAACAUUAGAAGAUUAUGUCAGUCCUAACAUGCCACGACCAUUACAUGAACAUAAUGUAAAGUAG